AGCCUCCCCUCCCCGGACAAGCACACCCAACAUCCAGAGGCCUCCCAGGGCUCCUUCCCUCUGGACAAACCAGUUGAGCUGCCCCCCACUUUCCCCCAGGACAGGAAAGGGGACUCCUGUGGCUGGAAUGCCCAGGGCCAAGAUGUAAGCCCACAGUCACCCUGCUUACAGAGCCAGCCACCCCUGCGGCCACGCCAUGACACCGGAGCCACUCGGGAGCCGCUGAGAGUCCCCGGCAGUAACCUGGGACCCGCCUGGAGCAGCGAGAGCAGCGAGAGCAGCGUGCAACGCGGCAGCCUGGAGAAGAGUGGCCGCCUCAGCCAGCUGAGCAACGGGUACGCGGGGGACGAGGAGAGCAGCGAGGUCAGCCUGGUGGGCGGCAACCGAAACGCGCCGUUGAAUAGAAGACUCGGAACCCCAGCGGUCAGCACCCAGACCAGCCAGCUGUGCGCCGCCUACCGCCCCGACCAGCUGAAGAGCCAGGCGGCCAGCCCAGCCCACGGCGCCCGGCAGCCUGGAGGGGAAACGUGAGCCCAGCCUGCCCGGCAGCGCCCCCGACAGCAGGGCCAGCAGCCUGACCAGCCUCAGCUUCGUCAGCCCGGGCAGCAGCUUCCUGACCUACCAGGUGAGCAGCGGGCUCACCCUGGGCGGCUCCCUGAGCAGCCUGCCCCCCAGCCACGCCGGCAGCUGCCAGAGCGUCCGCGUGGACAGCGCCGCGCAGAGCGGGCCGCAGAGCAGCACGGGCCCUCAGGAGGACAAGGCCGGGGACAGCGGCGGGG